AUGGAGGAUGCUUCAAAGACCAGUGAUGCUUUUCCACUGGCCCUGGUUGUUCUGGAUCUUGCCCCAUGGGUAAAGCAGGAGACUGUACAAUGGCUGAUGUCUCGCAUUGAGGGGCUAAAAUCAUCAGGUGGGGCAGAGCUGAAGGUCAAGAUGGUCGAUCAGUCAGAUAGCAAAGGCGUGGUCUUGCUGAUUGGAGCCACCUUGGAUAGGCUGCUGCGUGGAGCGGAGGAGGUAGCGCUGAUGAAAGUCUAUGGGGACGGGAACUUCAAGCCCUUCAAGUACAGCGACAGGCAGAAUUUCCGGGAAGCGGAAGCCCAACUGCUCACUACGGCUGAAAUGCUGUACAUCCUCAAAUUCAUCCUGGACAAUCUGCGGUCUAAAGAUGAAGAGUUCGUACCUGGUCAGCCCAACAUCAAACUCCUCCCUGGCAAACCUAUUUUCCCGGAGCUGUGGGGUGCCAAACUUCUCACCAAAAUGUACCCAAUGCACAAUCGAGAAGAGCUGGAGAACCUGAAAGAGCAAUGGAAGAAACACUCUUACAUCAUCAGCCAACCCGUUCAAGCUUUGAGAAACUACUUUGGUGAAUCAGUUGCCUUGUACUUUGGCUUCCUUGGCUACUUCACAUGGGGUCUUGCGUUUCGAACUCUUUUGGAACUCUUCUUCUACGUCACCAACCUGAAAGACUCUGGCGGGUGUGUUAUUUGCGCCCUGUACAAUAUCAUUUGGUCUACCGUGUUCCUGGAGGGAUGGAAACGUCGCAGCGCAGAGCUGACAUUUAAAUGGGGGACUCUCCGGCAGAUGGAGGGCUUCGAGCAGGUCAGGGCCGGCUUUGAGGAGAAACUAGGCUUGCAACAGGCCACUGUCAUAAAGGACACUUCAAUACUCAAGCAGCAACGCAACAUGAAGAUAUUGAUCAAGUCGAUGCCAUUCUUAAUUGGCUGCUUGACCAUCACUUCCUUUCUCAUAAUGACAUACCUAGACAUGGACCAAAAGGCUCAAGAACACGACCUGCAGGAGCAAACAGUCCAGAGCCUGCUGUUAACGUACGUCCCUAUACUUGUAUACAGUGCCAUUGUGGAGGCACUAAACAAGGUGUACCUUAUUUUAGCCAAAGCCUUGACUGAAAGGGAGAACCAUCGCUUAGCUUCCACCCAUGAAAGCUAUUUGUUGGCCAAGGUCCUUAUCUUCUACCUAAUCAACAAUUUUGCAAUUCACUAUUACUUUGCCUUCUACCUGAGAGAUAUGAAACGAUUGGCGGACACCCUCUCUGCUCAGCUCCUGGUUCACCAGUUCAUGGGGCAGUUUUUCGACACCAUCGUCCCCUACUGGUUGACACAGCUCAAGUUAAUGAAGCUGGACAAAAUACUUUCGCCUGCAGCCAAUAUUGGGCUCCAGCUGAUUGAAAAGGAAGCCAACCUCAGGGAUUCAUCAGACAGCCUGCUGGAGGAAUACCUGGAGCUCUUCAUAAAGUUUGGCUACGUGACCCUCUUUUCCAGUGCCUACCCACUCGCUGGCUCCUUCAGCUUCCUGAACAACGUCUUGGGAAUCAAGUUGGAAAGCAUGAAAUUUAGCGAGGUUUUACAGAGGCAAUUCCCAGUCCCGUCGGCCAACAUAGGAGCCUGGCAGAUGGCAUUUGAGUAUCUCACCACACUGGCGAUCAUAACCAACUGUGGACUCAUUAGCUUGUCACCAGAAUUCAGGCAACUAUUUUCUGACCUCCCUGAUCUUCACUAUUUCUUACUGGCGGUGGCAAUCGAGCACGGUUUUUUGGGUAUGCAGAAGUUUGUUCGCCUGGCCAUCCCCGAGGUACCUAGUGAUAUUGCCAUCAAGCUGGACAGAAUUGAGCAAGAAUGCAGGAGGGCUAUCUUCCAUGAUGAAUCCUGUCGAUGA